AUGGACGAGCAGAUAACCGAUGCGAAGGAGACAAACAACGAGAAGAUCCGAUCCUUAAGAGCUGCAAUCGAUGCCAAACUGCAUGAGCAAGGAAUCUAUGAACAGAUCCGAGAUUUGGUCAACUCAAAGAUCAAAGUUACCGAAGAACAACUGAUCCAUGAUGUCUUAGAGAGCGAAGUCGUGCAACAGCUUUUGGCUACAGUUCGAUCGAUGGAGUUGGCGACACCUGCAAAAUCUACCAACCACGAAGAAGCUGACGACGAAGCGUUGGAGAACGACCGAGAUGUAUUCCUUUACUUACGGCUGUCUACAGGGAAGGCCUUUGUCGACCAAUUAGUGGAACUCGAGCAGGAUACCAAGAACGCUGACCAGGACGACGUCGGAUUGGAUGAAAAGAGAUGUCCAGUUGGAAGUGUUGUAACUUUUUUCCGCGUGAAUGUAACAUUUCAAACGCAACGUCAGACUUCACGAGACAUUCGAUGUUGCGUCGAUCCUCCGUUCGACGAGCAUUUCCGUUUCCGUGUGGAGAAGAAGAGAACGCGAACUGCUAGAACCCGAGGUGGAGCCAGCUACGCCGUCGACGUCAUGGCACCGUGGGAAGCGCUGUGUCUGGUGGAGGAACCAGUACAGUUAAACCUGGUCAAAGUUACGAAAAAGUUACAGAGUAGAAAUAGCAAUGGUACCGCUCAAUGGCGUGAACUCUCGAGCGAGCUACUAGCAGUUUAUCGGAUGGAUUGGAGACGAGUACUGUGCUCGACGCUGCAACUUGUUCACUUCCCCAUUCAGCUCACGGGGAUAAUGAAAGAACCCGUUGGGAGCUUAGACAUUCGCGCUGAUCUACUGAAUUGUAAACGCACGCCAAGUAUCGCUCAUGAAGCUCGGUCGUUCCUUAAUAAGGAAGCAAUCCAGCGUAAUGCGAGCAAUCAUUCCUUCUACAAGUACGCGAAGCAGUGGUGGGACGAGUUCCGAAACGAUGAAUACUCGCAGUUAUUAGCACAGCUGGGGUCUCGACAACGUCUUGUCAAGAUGUUCGCUGAAGACGAAGAAGGUCGCUAUCGGAUGAUCUGUAAGUUUAUAACUCCACUACGUGUUCCCAUGGCCGUGAGAAGCCCAAGUGAAGCCGCUCGCUUCGUUGGCUUGCUCCCGUAUGAGUCCAAUGCGCUUCUUGGAGGUGGCGCAGACGAGACGUGGCGAUCUAUUGCUACUGUUUUAUCGGCUCGAAAGGGGGACGCUCAAGAUCAUGCAAUUUUACUUGCGUCGCUGCUUUUAGGCUGCGGACUCGACGCGUUCGUCUGCAUUGGCACGAUUUCUGCCAGUAAAAGUGCAUCUCGCUUCGCUCGAGGGUCUCAACGUAGCUAUGAAGACCGAGGAAGUACGGAAGCUGGCCAUGUUUGGGUCCUCACACGAGGAAGCAGCUCUUCUGAUGUUUUACUGUGGGAGGCUGUGACAGGCGAGAAGUUCGCAGUAAAUGACUCUCGAGCACCAAGACGACGAGGUUAUUGCGCGAUCGAUUGCGUGUUCAAUCAUCGUCAAUUCUUCGCCAACUUGCAGCCACGAGCGUGGAAACUCGCUGAGUCUUCUUUCGAUUUCGAAGACGAGACGUGUUGGAAACGUAUGGACGAGAACCUCAUCGCAGAUCUUCCAUUUGGACAGCCACAGACUGCUCUACUACCGCCCGAUGUGUCUUCAGCCUCUUUGUUAGAGCAAGAAUGGGUAGCAACUUUAAGACGAGCGAUCGCUACUCGUCGACGAGCUGAAGGUCUCGUGACCCGUUGGAGCGAAGAAUUGAGCUUCUACCUACUGCCAGCACUCAACUCGUACGAACUGGAGCGUCUGUACGGCGUGACUCAAGUGGACAAUCUUUUUUUUCAACAAAGCGUCACAAAUUUUGUUGAGGAAGGUCACACUUUCCAAGGUGUGCCCUCCAUGUUCUCUAUCGAGUCUCCGGAUGAAGCUCUAACAGCUAUGGCGUCCAACCCGCUCGUAGCCGACAUUCUGACGCUCCACGCUCGCUCGGCGCAGUUCGCGCUUGCAGUACGGUGCUUCCCGUAUGCGGAACACACUGUGGCCAUUUGGGUUAUGCUCGCAGUGAGUUAUCCGAGCAAAAAUUAA